UGAUUUUCAUAUGCACAAACAACUUUUGAAGAAGAAGAAGAAGAAGAAGUUAGUGCAAUUGUUGAGAAGAAAGCAAAGGGAAAAGCAGAAAUGGCGGGUUUGUUGGCAUGGGCAGCAGAUGUAGUAGGAGGUUCACACAGCAAUGAUGAAGAUGACAACAACCCCAAUUCGAUCCCUUUAAUCUUUACUCCACAACAACAAUCAUACCUUCUCGAUUUGGAUCGAAAGGCUACUUCUCUUACUCGUACCAUUCAAGAUCUACGGCUUAGACUCCCUCCUCCUGACAUCUCUGAACGUCUUCCUCAUCUUCACGCUCACUCCCUCGCCUCUAAUAAUGCUCUCACCCUCCAACUUAAUGCUCACUCUGCCACCAAAGAACAGGCACAAUUAAGAGAAAUUACUCUGCAAGAAGAAAAUGCCGAGUAUGAAAAGGCUAUCUCAGAUUAUGAGAACAGGAUUCAGGAGAAGUCACAGGAAGCUGACCUUCUACGCAGCAAGUUGCAGGAAAUGGACUUAAUGGAAGAAAACAUAAAGUCAGAGUUACAACGAGCACAGGCUGCAGCAGCCAGUGAGUCUGUGAAAUCAAAUGACUAUUUGAUUAAAAAUAAUGGUGAAGAUCAAGAAGAUGAGGAAUUUGCAAAUUCUGCGUUGCUGAAGAAAUUAGAGGAAAAGAAGAAGGAACUGACAUCUCUGGAAGGAGCUGUUCAUGACCUGGAGAAAAAAUGGGCAGAAGUGCAAGAUUAUGCACUCAAGCAACCUUCCCCAGCUCAGCGAGAGAAAAUAUUGGAUAAGCAGCUUCAUAGCCUAAUAGAGCAACUUGCUGCAAAACAGGCCCAAGCAGAGAACCUUGUUCAUGAAGUUCAUCUAAAGGAGAUGGAAUUAGAGAAAUUAAAUGGUCUUUGGAGGAAGCUCGAAGCAAGCAAUGCAGAUAUGAAUGCCACUCGGAAUAGGUAUCCAAGAAGCAACAUUGACAGGGGACGUGUUUCUUCAGAUUAUAUCGUUGAUCCUCGUCAAAAGCCUGGCAGACUGGAGAAUUUGCACAAGCUUACGUUGCUCAGGUCGGCUUUCGUUGUGUACAUUUUAGCACUCCAUAUUUUAGUAUUCAUUAAGAUUUCAUUCUAGAGUUGAGCAGAGUAGUGUUUUUAACUGUAAAAAUCCCUACAUACAUCCCAAAAAUACAAUGAUGUAGAUUUUUACUUGACGAUUAACAUGUAUAUGGUGUAAUUCCAGAGUAGAAAUGUUUAAACGUUCACAAUGUUGUUGUCUUC